UUAUCUUUUUACAUUGGCACAGAUGCGACGGCAAUAUGGCACUUUGAGCCGAUAUGUACACGGAUCAGGCAGACGACUCUUAUGUUAUUCCAAACACCGUGCCUAUUAAGGGCAUCUUAUUAUCAGAAAUGGUAAUUUAGCCGUCUGUUAAUACAUUGAGCUUGGACUGUUGUAAGCGGUCGAAUUUCCGCGGAUAGACCAAGAUACAGAGGGAUAAUUAGGAUACGCGCAGUGAUGAAAUGUUUUCUGGGAUGUGUUAUUUUUUGUAAUUAGUAAGUUAGUGUUCCUUAGUCUACCAUAUAAGGCAAAAUGUUUACGUAAUGUAAAUGUAUAUACUUAAUGCUUAUACAACGUAAUACAUAUUUAUACGAAGGAUAUGUAAAUUUAAAUGAUUAUAAAAGUAAUGUGUUAGAACUCUCGCAAUAAAUACGGCUUGUUAAAUAAUGUGUUAAAAAGGAAAUAAAAAUGAGAUGAUAAAAAGGAAAUACGUCCGGUAAAACAUCACCGAGUACACCGUAUCUAGUGUUAGUAACAAUGUUAGGUGAAAGUAUAUGUUAAAUACUUAAGAAUUUAGUUGACGGUGCUUUGGACGGGCGUCUGGAGCUGCGGUGUGGGUAGAUAUGGCCGUGGGUGGCCGGAAAUAAGGCAUGGCCAGGUCCCACAAGGGCUGCUGCUCCUCUCUUCACCUCCGCGAGGACAAUGCACGCUUCUUUCUGCUCAUGUUGGUAAUGGUCGUCUACAUGCUGAUAGGAGCUUCUGUCUUCAUGGUACUGGAACGAGAUAACGAGCAAGUCGAGAAACAACAAUACAAUGAGCACGUGCAAGCCUUCUAUGACAGGUACCCGGAUGUUAACCACACGGACCUCGAGCGCCUGUUGCGCGUGCACUCGGAGGCUGAGUCUGCGGGUUUUGUGGGCAACAAAAGGCCUCGCUGGGAUUUCUCCGGCUCAUUCUAUUUCGUUGGCACCGUUGUUUCCACCAUAGGUUUUGGGAUGACCACACCGAGGACAACGGCCGGCAAGAUCCUUCUUAUCUUCUAUGGCUUUUUUGGAUGCGCCGGGGCCAUUCUCUUCUUUAACCUCUUUCUGGAACGAAUCAUCACAUUCCUUGCAUACAUCUUACGUGCAAUACAUGACCGGGAGAUAAGGAGAAAACUGGGGAUUAACAACAAUCACAAGAACAACCGCCGUGAUUCGGGCUCCAUAGGCGAAGAUUCGCUCAACGAUUGGAAGCCAUCUGUGUACUGGGUGAUGUUGAUUCUUUUACUUGGCGCUGUUGUCAUCGCCUGCUGUGCCUCUGCCAUGUAUUACCCCGUCGAAGACUGGACCUAUUUCGAGGCAAUAUAUUUCUGCUUUGUGACAUUCGCUACAAUAGGAUUUGGAGAUUAUGUAGUCAGUCAGAAGGAAAAUUAUGUAAACGUGCAUUUCUAUCGAUUAGGUAAUUUUGUGUUCAUUGUGAUAGGAUGUUGCUGUAUAUAUAGUUUGUUUAAUGUGACAUCAAUUGUGAUAAAACAAGCAUUGAACUGGAUGAUUAAGAAAAUGAACUGUGAGUGCAGAAUCCGCCGGAAGCAGCGUGGUCGUAGGAAUGCAAUAACACCUGGCCACCUGCGGCGAAUGAAGGGAAACACUGUUAAGGUCGAAAUAGACGCAGAUAGCGACUCUGAGGAAGGUGGCAGGAGAAAUUCCGGUGAAAUGAUUUCAAUGAGAGACUUUCUUCAGACCAAUAAGAUAUCAUUAGCAUUGAUGCAAAAACAAUUGUAUGAGACCCAACAACGUUCACAGAGCGGCACUACGAACGGUUUCCAGGGUGGUGUUGGUCCACUAGCCAUUCUUAACAAGAAACUUGGCCAAGAGGAUUGCUGACACCACCAUAUAUAUAUGUGUGAUUUUGGCAUUAUGUGCCGUAUUUAGGAUGUUGAUUAAAAAUCAUUCAAGACUUGCUCAACGAAAAGUAUUAUCAUGAGUUAAAAUAACGGAGACGACUGAAUGCAACCGGAUAUAGCCCCUCUACUUAUAGUUGGUGUUAUGAUUUUACCUUCGCCUUGCCUUUUCGGAAAAAAAACGACUGUCACGGCUUCAUGUAUAUAAUGUCACGGGGUUUCGAAUCGCUAAUUUAAAACUACAUAUUGUUUGACAUAAACACAUCGCACGACAAACUUAAAUACCAAAGUUGAAAAACUAAUCUUGCUAAAUGUUCGAUUGCUUCUUGAUUUCCCUAAUAAAAGGAAUGCAUUUACUUGCUUUGAGUGUGUGUCAAGCAGAAGAGUUAGAGUGUAUUAAUAUGUCAAAAGGGUUUUGUGCAUCAGAUCACAGGCCUGAGACGAAUUGAUAAGAAACCGCUGGCUGUUUCAAUCACUUAAGUAUUUGAAUUUCUUUACGAACAAAGUGUCUGAUACAAGCAAUAUGGAAACGUAAACUUAGUUAUUGAAUUUUAAAAGACCCCAGGGGACCGUUUCGUCAAGAAUCACUAAUAGAGUAGAAGCUAUCUUCAAACCAAGAACUGCACUGUCGAUCAUUGGUAUGAAAAAUGCUCCUACGAUUCUUAUUGAAACAGUCCCAAACUGUUGUACAGUUGAAGAUAGAAAUGUACAUUCUAUCACAAACACAUCAAAUAGUGGUAAGCAAUUAAUGACCACUAAAUUUACUUUUUUGUUAACUCCACGGUAAUAUUAGUAAAAUAAUUAACAAUAUUUGACUAGUAUUGUUUCAAAAAGAAAGGUUUACUUUAUAUGUUAGGACAUUAUUUGGUGAAAUAAAUAUUAAUAGGUUACAGACGGUAUAGCAUUAUUUUUUUUGUAAAUGAAUAACGGAAUUAAAAGUUUGGACGGAUGGAAUCAUAGUUUCAGCUUCAAAAAACCUUUUUCAGGCAAUAAUCUGGCAUAGCUUGCCAAUUAUCAAGGCUUGUAUGACGGGAUUUAAAGAUUGGUUAGAUGAAAUCAUUGUUUCGGAGUCAAAAUACCUUCUAUGACAAGAUCCCCGAAAGGGAAGACAACGCACGUGUUUUUCAGGCAAUCAAGCGACAUAGCUUGCCAUUUAUUAAGACUUGGAUUAUGGGUAACUAUGGUCAAAGUUCUUAAUUUUGCUAGACUUAUUCAGAAACUCAAGGUGGCUAGCUGGACAAUUAUGAAAACACUCAGAUUUGCUUAAUAAAUUAUGUCAAUGACAACAUAAAUUCCGUAUGUAUAUUUUGAGCGACGAGAAAUGCAGUCGUUGCAAUCUGACGCUAUAUUUCUAUGGUAAAUACAAGACUUUUGUACGAACAAUAGAGUUUUCAGCGUUUUUGCAGCAUACAUAAGUAGAGAUUGCCCAUUUCACCACACGAAAUGGCUUGAUAACUAGACGGUCUCAAAUCAAUGAAAGAAAGGUAUACAUGAAAUUAUUUGAUAAAGAAUUACGACUACAUUAUCUAACUAAAGAUAUGUCGGGUUAACCAACACUUAUAAUUGUAAUCUAUAUUUUUAUUAUAUAAAGAUACAGAUGAAAAAUUAAAAGCGAUACUUUGGCUUUUUUAACCUUAUAUUUUGUGGUCAUGAAGCUGUUAAUUAAAACAUUUUUUUUUUCAUAAAUGUUUACAUUUGUUGCGAAAAAUGCAUCAUCCUAUGAUGUGCACCUUUAUACUUAUUUAUCUACUUAUACCUAAUUGCCUCUAUUAUAUCUCAUCGGCAAUCCUUAACGACUCUUACGAAACCUGUCUCACUAUCGACCGAAAGCCGUGACAUAGAAUCUUCCGAAAGCCCUCUUCAACGCUCAUACGGACUUAUCCUCUUGAUCCAACUAAUAAAUUGUUUGGUAUGUAAAUGUGUAAUUGUUUAUUUAUUUCGAUUUCCAUGGGACGUUUUACGAGGGGAGAUGUAUACGAUUAUGAAGUUUGUCAUGUUAAAAUAUAUUAUUCCUAAUGCAUAAAUGUUGCGGACAGGAUAUUUCUUUUUAAAUCAUCAGAGAAGUUUUAAUUUAUAAUUAUGAUGUAUCAUGUUUCUUUGUGUUUUUGUUCUUUUUGGUAGAACAUGUACAUUGAAUAUAGAGUACAUAACUUUGGACCGUAAAAUUCAUUUUUGCAUCAUUUAUCCACCCUUUAAACUUCCUUGUAUUUAAUGUUUUCAUGACUAUUUGUUCUGUUCAUUUCAGCUCUUGUGCAUGCAUGAGUAUUCUUAUGAUAGUGUUUGUAAACAGUGUAUAUGUAUAUAUAUUUUACUUAUGAUAGAAACUGUGUUGACUGUCGAUUUAGACGAUAUUUAGACGAUAUCAAUGUCUUUUAUAUCUAUGUUUUUAUAAAG